GAGGAUAAUAAAUUUUUAUUAGGAAGCGAAAAAGUGUAAGAACCGAACCGAAUUUAACUAGAACCGAAUUUAACAACUACAUUUUUAACUAGAACCGAACUAAAUUUAGCGUCUGUAAUUUUUAAUACGGUUCUAUCGAAUUUUAACAAGAACCGAACCGAUCCCAAGCCUACAUGGCGGUACACAUGGAUUUUUUUUCUUUCAUUUUUUGAUUUUCUUUCCUUUCUUCCUCUCGUCUCUCUUUCUUUCUUCUUCCCCUAGGCUUUUCUUCCCUGUUCUUUACCCGCAGAUAUUUUUGCGAAUUUUCCUUUCUUUAUUUCUUGGUUUAUUUCUUCCCACAAAAGAACAUCAACCACUGCCACAAAAAAAAAUCCAACUUUUCCUAAUCGCCGGUUAGCCGGUAGAUCUGAAUUUCUCCAACCACCGUCAUGUGUCGCUCUUCACCCGUGAUUUCUUCAAUUCUGCCGCUCAUCGUCCACAACCAAAGCUUACCUAGCACCGCCGUACGUCGCCCGUCUCCCAUGUCUUCCUCAAUCGCCUCUUGUUGGCCACAACAUCUCCAUCUGCCGCCGCCUGCCGCCCACUCAAAGAAAGACAAUCGGGAUUCGGGAAGAAUGGAAGAAAGAAAGAAAGAACGGAAAGUGGAAAAGAAAGAAAUUGGGGGAGAGAAGAAAGUGCUAGAAGAAGAAAGAAAUAAAGAAAAGCAGUCGCUGCAAUUCCAAAGAUUGGAAAAAGAAGUCAGGGGAAAGAAUGAAAGAGAGAAACAAAGGAGGAGAAAAAGAAAAAGGAAAAAAUCAAAAUUAUUGCCACAUUGGCAUCCACAUCAGCUAUUACCAGCAAUAUAUAUCUCCAACUGGCUAAAUGGAACAAUUGAGUGUUUUUUAAUACUUCGUUGACUUAAUUUACUUUUUGACAAUAGUACAUGGAUCCAUUUGACAGUUUUUCCUAUAAAUUAUUGACACACAAUCAUUUUGAGAAAUAAUCAAGUACUCUCU